AUUCAUAAACCUUCUCGUUGAAACGAACAUGAAGAAACAAAGUUAUAUUUUCAAGUUAGAGAGGAAAAGUUAUCAAAACCUAAAGUUUAUGGGCUAAAUGUGACAGAAUAUGAACUCUUUAAGGUUAUUGAUUGAAAAUAAAAGGAUUAUAUUUGUGAGGUAUUCCUCAAGAGUGGGAGCAAAAUUGUAGCGAUGGCUUCUAAUCCAAUCGGAAUGAAGCGCAUAGCCAUGGCGAGUACUUCUUCCGUAGGCAUUUCAGUUCUUCCUCUUUCCCAGCUGAAGCCGAUUACUAUUCAAGUUCCAUGUAAAGAAAGAGUUAUUUCUCAUAGAUUUUCAACAACCAGAAAUCCUUCUUAUUCAACAAGAGAAUUUCAUGGAUUAAUAUCAAAGAAAAUGACAUUUAUACCCCCCAGAUGCAGCAAUUCCUCAAGCCCCGAUGGUGUUACUGAUGAUUCAUCUAAUAAAGCCAAGGUUCCAUUUGGGUAUAGUAGGAAAGAUGUUCUUUUUAUUGGACUUGGAGUUACAUUCUUUGGAAUUGGUCUAAAAAGUGGAUUGGAGUUCUUUGGAGUUGAUCCUUUGCAAGCGGGGAAUGUUGUCCAGUUAGUGUUGGUGUUAGGUCUUACAGUUGGAUGGAUUUCAACUUAUAUUUUUCGGGUCUCAAAUAAAGAAAUGACAUAUGCACAACAGUUACGUGACUAUGAAAUGAAAGUUAUGGAGAAACGGUUGGAGGGUCUAACUGAAGCUGAACUACAAGCCUUGCUUGAACAAGUGGAGGAGGAAAAACGUUUGCCAAGAGAAUAAUUAAACCUCAUUUAGCAUCUACACUUUUUGUAAAUGAUGAUUAUACAACACGAAAACAGAGUAAGCAUGUAUAAAUUUUCAGCAGCAAUCAUCCGAUGUACAUGUUAUGUAGCACGAUGUACAACUCUUUGGAUGAAGGAAUUUAGAUCCCAAGGAUGAAACUUUAUGUAGUAGUGGAGUUUUCUACAUUUGGGUAUUUAUUUUUUGCUGUUAUAUUAUUAGGUUAUAUUAUGUAACAGGGUUUUUACCUUUUUAAGGGUUUUAUGCAUGAAAGAGCAAACACACUUCCAUUAUCAGGUUAUCACAUCUUAUUUUUGUUUCUUUGUAGUAAAUUACUGUAAUUUGGAAAAUUUAUAAAACUAU